CCCAGAUAUUCGUCUAGCCACCCAGAAAGAGAGAGAAGAGACUCAUCCCAAAGACAUCUGUGACUUUCAGGGAUGCUCCAUCUCGUCAGGACGCUGCCAGCAGCUGCGGGACUGUCUGUUUCCAUCCAUCGGACUUAAUGUUGUACACACGGCCUCCUUCAAGAAGCAGCACAUCCCAUCAGUGAAGCCAAGAAUCAAGGCUGUGUAUGAUAGGAUGUCACUUCCUCUGUCAGCACUAUAAAGAAGACUGAUUAGUGCCGAAGCAAUGAAGACCAUCUCUACAUCUGGAGAUCUUAUUAGGCAUCAACACGACCAACAUGAGGACUUUCAUACUCUUGGUGCUGGCGAUUGUAGCCGUUACUGGGUUGAAACAUAAAGCGGGACCAAUCCUCCUAAUGGAAAUCAUAGAUGAUGUGAAGAAGAUCUUGAAUCAGAGUUCAGCGGUGAAUCUCAACCAAUUUGUAAGAGAUGUAUUUCCUCCAGUGGGCUGCUCGGAGGAACACAUUUGCCAAGCAGCAAUGGUCAUGAUGAACACAGAGCUAAGCUACAGCAUGCUACACAGACGACUGUUUGCCUAUGCUAAUUAUUCAGGGCACCUUCAAUGCAACGUUACAGCUUCAGAAGAACACAGAAUGGAUGUUUUCCUCGAAGAAAUCAAAAAUUGCUGCAAAGAACAAUACUCUAAACUCUUAAAGCAACCAGAUGAGAAAAAACAAGUGAAUUGACUCUAGAAUUACUGCUUAUGAACACAAUACUAUAUUUUUGUAUUACAUUUAAUAUUAAAUUAUUUUUUAUUAAAUGUUUUCUAUCGUUUAUAUUUAUUGUAUUUA